AUUUUGGAACAGUUGUUGCUCAGAUGAGCGGAAGCCCACGGCUCGGUAAUAGCCUACUUUCUGUUUUGACGUCCGGCGGGGACAAUUAAACCGCAACGGUCAACGGCUGUUGCCACCGUGCUCCGCAUGUGACCGCGCCGAGAGGGGCGGGGCGGAGCGGGCUGUCUCGUGUAUUGUACCGUGGAACACAGAGUUCUAGUGAACGUAGCUGGGCAACGGCAGCAACGGCAACAGCAGCAACGGCAGCAACGACGACGGCGGACACACCAAGAAGAAGAAGAACAGACGACAACAGAAAGGCUUCAAGCUCGUUUACAGACAGCUUUCAACAACAAACAGGAGAAAAGAUGAGCACCAAGAGGAAGGCAGAGAGUCACUCAAGGGCAUCAAACAGACCACGCAUCAUGAAGUCUGCAGGCUCCCGGGCUGAUUCAGAGAGAGACUCCGGAUUCUCAGAUGCAAGCUCGGAGCACAUGAGCACAAUGGACAGGACAGACUCUGAGGAUUCACCCCGCCCUGUUGUACAGAAGGGACCGCAGACUUCUGGCUCGGGCUCUCAGCCCUCCCAGCUGGCUGUGGUGGGAGGCUCCUACUCCAACCUCUCUCCCAUGAUCAUCAUGAACAACGUCCUCCUCAAGCAGCCUGGAGAUAAUCCUCCUGCUCUGAAGCCCUGGGGCUUUAGUCCAGCAGUGGAGGUAGUCCAGCAGCCUCAGGUGGUCUUCCUCCAGCCUGUGGUCUCUCGUCAAGCUUCCUCUGCCUCCAAAGAGGCCUCUUCCAGACACAGACGCACUAAGAAGUAUCUUCCAAUCCUGAAAUCUUACCCUAAGAUUGCUCCACAUCCUGGAGACAGCUCCAGUUCCUCAGGUAGAGGAACUGCUUCCUCAUCCUCCUCAUCCUCUUCUUCAGGAUCAGAGAGAGGCAGCAGUUUGACAUCAAACCACCGUCAGAGAGAGAGGCAGCAGAGAAGUCAAUGUGGUGGUGCCAGUAACUCUGGCUCAUCCACUCCCAGUCUUCCUGCUAGCCCCAGCAUGUCUCCUCUGCUCCAGAGCCGACUUUCCCUCCACACAACAGAAGCCAGUGUCAGCAGGAGCCCUGCCAGGGAGAGGCCUUCAUCAACUGUCAGCCAGUCAGAGUUUACCACCUCCCUGUCCUUCACUCACACCACUGGCUUGAAGAACGAGACACUCCCUGUUCCCCGGGGGGCCACACAAGAGAGAAGCUCACCAGAAGAACAUAACCACAGUGAUAGUGAUGCUGAUACAAAGAGGAAGCGCUUCUGCAACACUUACAACAUCCUGAGCAAAUCCGGCCUGCUAGACAUUGCACUCCGCACCAAGGAGCUCCACCGGCAGAACCGAAGAGCCCAGAACGACAUAGACCAGCUAAAAGAACACACCGACCUCUUCCUGCAGGCUCUGCGUAGCGGUGACACCAGCAUCUGUGUUAAGCUACAGGCCAGCCUUCAGGAGGAAGACAGAGAGAAAGAUAGGGAGAGAACUGCUCCGGCCAGCUUAAAGGCAGAUUAGACCUAGACUAGUGCUAGACAGUAAUCCUUUAGACUGAGAUGGGGAAAGGAGGGCCAGAGUUGGGGGGUUGGAGCAUACAGAGACAGAUGGACCGAAAGUAACAUGCUCCACAAUACACACCCACCCCCAGACGCUCUCACACAGACAGUGUGCUGUGGCCUACAUUUUGGCUGCCGGCUGCCUUAGGGCCCUGACACACCAACCCAACCUCUGCAGUUUAGUGCAGAUAAAGACUUUUUGUUGCUUCGUGUCUUCUGCUAAGAAGUUGCACGUGAACUCACUGUUUGACUAAAGCUGGAGGCCAGUUGACCGUCACACCUGCACAUAACAUAUGUUCUGUGUUAGAGGAAAAGUUUUAGUCAGUAGUCUGUAUUUGUAAUCCAGGAGAUAUCAAAGAAAGACACUCUUUGUACACUCAAUUAUGAAUUGAGAAUUUGUUUCAAUGGACAUUGUGCACUUUUCUUUGCUGCCCCUUGAAUGUUGUUAACUUGUGGGAAAAGAAAAAAAUGACUAAAUGCACUAAUUUAGUAAAAUUCCAGAUUUGCUAUGCCAGUCGGAGAGCGUUCAAAUGGCCACAGAUGAGGUCGGAUGUGCCAUUAGAAGGACAUGCUGCAAAAACAAUUGCCGAUGGUCAGCCACACACUUAAAGGGCUGCCCAAUCACCAACUGUCUGCUUUGUGUGUCGGGGACCUAAGGUCAAACAAGGCCAGUACCACAGCUCACUGUUCUGCCAUAUUGAGCCUGACUAAAUCUUUCCACUGAAACUGCUACUCUGCUGCACAGAAAUCUUUUGCUCUUGGCAAUCAAGACCCAAAAGCCCUGAGAGAUUUGGAUCUAAAGGCAUGAAGGGGUGAACAAAUACAAAAAAGUUUUUCUUACUGAAAGCACAAUACAGGCUCAGAAUGUGAAAGCUUGACUAAAACCUGACUGGAUAGUUAAACUUUAACAGUGCAUGGCAAAGUACUUUAAUCUAAAACUGGAAAAUAUUGAGUAAACGUACUCAUUCUGAGUGUCACUACAUGAAUUUAAUCAGGCUGAUAUUUCUCUUGUUUCAACAGUUUUGAAUCAUUCAUGGCACUGAUGUUAACAGACAUCUAGUUAACAGUCAAAGUGUGUACAUAAUCUAAAUUUUUUUAUGCAGCAGUUAUGUAACAUCCAUGAUUAUGACAGGCUUAAGGAAAUGUUCUCAUGUCACAGUGAAUGCGUUCGAGGCGUCUUGCCAGUCAGGAUCUUUAAAUAGACAAACGUGCCUGAAGUGUCUUUUUAGUUGUUGUUGAUGGCAGCUAUGAUACAGUACAGACUGGCUGGAAGUCAAGCUCUUAACAGCCAUUUAGAGAUGCUUCCCUGACAACAUCCCAGGGUUGGUGAAUAGUGCUUCCUAUUGUCUAUUCAUAUUUAUCAGUGACUUGUGUUCUAUAAUUUGUUUUUCUGUAUUUUUUAUACCCAUGGAUGUAAUUUAAUGUGGAAAUAUGAUCUAACUUAUGUGCAGUUUUUCUGUUUUAAGUUCCUUUUUAUUUUUCACCUGUAUGAAAUAUUCAUUGUGUGUACCUUUUUUUUGAGACUAUCAAGUAAGAUUUCUUGAUAAAGACCAGUUGUUGCAACUUUGACCCUCAAAUCCCUAUUUGUGGUCAGAUUAUACAUUUUUUGGAUGCUUAUAAAUUAUGGCCUUAUUGUCUAAACCCAGUGUAUGUCACAGAACUUUGCAUUUGCACUAAAACGAUAAGAGAGUAGCUCUGAAGCAAUUGCUGGGCAGAAUUUAAUGGCAGCUAAGGUAGUUUUUGUUUAGGUUAAAGUACAUAAAGUGCAUUGUGAGGCAACAUAAACACACUACCAGUGUAUACAUACUAUUCCUUUAGAACAGCCUACAACAUUUACAUUGACAGAUUGUUUUACUACUAGCAGUUUUGUCUGUAUUAAAACACAUUUUUGCAUA